AUGUCGAUGCGAAAGAAAAAGUUGAACAAUCGUGCACCCCCAAAUUAUGAACAAGGUAGCUCACUGAUUACGCUAAGAUGUCAUUGUGGAGGGUUGAUUUUUUACACUCCUCAAUCACAUUAUCAGGGUGGAGAUGUAUGUGUCCUUGAUUACGUUGAGAGUAUAGGUUUGAGUAUUUUUGAAGUGGAUAGAUUGAUUGAAGCUGCUGGUGUCUUUGGUCACAAAGUGUACUAUGUUCACCAACUUGGCUAUGAUCCUUAUGAGGUUAAUGAGAAUGAAGGCCCUAGUAAUGGUAAAGAUAUAAUUGCAAAUCAUGGCCAUGAAUGGGGAGGGAAUGAUAACAAUGAAGCUGAUUCAUCCAGUGAAUCUUUCUUCUCAGCAGUAGAUUCUGAUUAUAAUCAAAGUGAAGAAGAUGAUGCUGAUUUCAAUGAUAACAAAGAUAAAAAUGUUGAAUGGUUGAGUGUAGAACACUAUAAAGAAUUGCAAACUAAUUCGGCAAAACAAGGACAGGUUGAAGCUAAUUUGGUUCAACCUGAAGAUGAUGAUGUAGCCUCUGAUUCUGAAUCAGAUUUUGAGAAUAUGCAUGGGCCUGAUGAUGAAAAUGAUAGUAAUAGGUGUGUUGUGUUCAAUCCCAAGCACAUGGAUAAUCCAAAAUUGAAAUUAAAGAUGUUUUUUAGUACCAUCAAAGAGUGCAAGUUAGCUAUUAUAAACUACAGUGUGAGACAGGGUAGGCUUUGUAAAUUUGUGAAGCAGGAUUUGGUUAGAUUGAGGUCAAAAUGCAGAAGUGAAGGCUAUAAUUGGCAGAUCUAUGCUAGAAAAUUGGGUGGAGAAGGAAGUGUGCAAAUUAGAACAUUUGAGGACAUUCACAAAUGUGGCUUUACCUAUGAAAAUCCACUUGUAAAUUUUGGAUGGGUUGGUAGAAAGUACUGUGAGAAGUUUAAAUCCAAUCCUAAGGUAGAUGUGGAGCAUUUUAGAAAAAUAGUGAUGAAGGAUAACAAAUGCUCCUUCACAAAAAAACAAACAUAUAGGGCUAGAAAAAAGGCUUUGGACAUUAUUCAUGAUAGUGAAAGUGACCAAUACCGCAAGUUAGGAGCCUACAUGCAUGAAAUUCAAAAAUCUAAUCCUGGUAGCUCUAUCAUAUUAAAAACUGUGGAUGGCACUUCAAACGGGCAGCAAAUUAAGGUUCCAAAGACUUUACUUGUGUUUUCAUGGAGUGAAACAAGACUCUUUAGGAACAGUAGGGGGGUUUUAUUGAUUGCUGUUGGACUAGAUGCUAAUAAUAGCAUUUUUCUAGUUGCAUAUGCUGCAGUUGAGGGUGAAAACAAGGAAUUCUGGACAUGGUUCUUCAAUUUACUUAAAGAGGAUUUGAAAAUUGAGAGAGAUUAUGAAUGGACUAUCAUGAGUGACAAGCAAAAGAGACUAAUUCAAGCUUGUGGCCAUGUUUUUCCAAAUGCAGCUCAUAGGUUCUGUGUAAAGCACUUACACAACAACUUUUCUACUUCUGGGUUCAAAGGUGAAGCUCAAAGGAGAGCAUUGUGGGCUGCUGCAAAUGCAACUACACCAGCAGAAUUUAUUAGGAAAAUGGAAGACAUGGCAGCAAUUGACUUGGAUGUUGCCAAGUGGUUUGAUGAUAAACCACCAUCUCAAUGGAGUAGAGCUCACUUUAGCACCUAUUCAAAGUGUGAUGUCCUAUUGAAUAAUAUUUGUGAGUGUUUCAACAGUAGAAUUUUGGAUGCUAGAGAGAAGCCAAUCAUUGAAAUGAUGAAAUUACUAAGGCUGUAUAUGAUGCAAAGAAUGCAGUAG